AUGAAGUCCCUCUAUGCAUUUGUCGUAGCUGUCGUAGCCGUCGUCUCUCCACUGGUUCUUGCAAGCUCGACAGCACGUAGGGCCAGGGCAACGCACGCAGCUCCAGUGAGGACCUAUGCCGACUGCCAACGCAAGACGUGGCGGCCACUCCAGGGCUGCCCUCCAGGAACUCUAUUUGUCAGCCAAAACAGCUCUCGCGUCAGCUUUACCACAAUCCAAUCGGCCAUCGACUCGCUCCCGCACGACAACUCCUCCCAGGUGAUCCUGGUAGCGCCCGGGACCUACACGGAGCAACUAAACGUCACGAGACCGAGACCGCUGACUCUGCUCGGCAUGAGCGAUGCGCCGUCCCAGGGGAAAGCCUACGCAGAUGUCACAUCCGACACAGACCACCGCAACGAAGUUCAGGUCGUCUGGGCAGCCGGCAACACUGACAACACGGGGAAACUCGUCGACAAUGCCAUCACGAGCGUGCUGACCGUGGCGCCAACAUGGAACGCCUCACUAACAGGAACAGGCCCCACGGGCUUCGCCGUACCCGCCGACACGCCCUUCGGCAGCGCCGACUUCCGGGCCUACAACAUCGACUUUCGCAACACGUACGCCCUCGAAGCGGCGGGCCCGGCACUAGCGCUCACCGUGGGUUAUGCGAAUGCAGGGUUCUAUGCCUGCGGGUUCUACAGCUACCAGGACACGGUGUACGUGGGUAAGCUGGGCAAUGCGUUUUUCUACGACAGUGUCGUUGCGGGCCAGGUGGACUUCCUGUACGGGUUCGGGACGGCGUGGGUUGAGAGGUCGACUUUGGCGUUGCGGAACUGCGGUGGUGGGAUUACGGCGUGGAAGGGGACCAAUACGACAUUCACGAACAAGUACGGUGUCUACGUCGCCUCUUCGCGCGUCAUCGCCGCCAACGAUACGAUCGCAGCGGAGAUCGCGGGACAAUGUGCCCUCGGUCGGCCUUGGAAUGCGCAGCACAGAAGCAUAUUCUUGAAUACUUAUCUAGAUGCUAGUAUUAAGCCAGAAGGCUAUAUCGAGUGGGGAGACACGGAUCCGAGGUACGGUAACACUACGUUCAUGGCGGUCUACGACGACAAUGGGCCGGGCUACGAUGUCGAGGCGAUGAAGGCGGGGAAUGUGACGAUUGUGUUGGAUAGUGAAGUAGUCGAACCGUACCGAUCGCCUGCCGGUGUGUUCAUCACUCCUGAGGGUGCGACCGGAAACGUGCUCUGGAUCGAUGGGGAGGCUUUGGCAUCGAAGGGCAUCUAG